AUGACCUCUUCGCCAAAUGGAGGUGUCGAUGGCGAUGUGGACGGGAUUAGUGGGAAACUACAUGGGAUGAACCUGAACGGGGCAAACAGGGCCGACGGGGGCGCCAGGCUGGGCGGCCAUCAAGUCACGAAAAGCGGGAAGCCGCACCCAAACGGCAGGUUUCCCAUUGCAAUUCCGGACCGGACAGUCCGUCCAACUCCGGACGCUCAAGCGACACACGACCAAAAGGGUGUUUCCCUGGGCUCUGCCAACACUGUUUCAAUUCAUCCACCCCCGGCCAACACGGGAGACGUUCGCACCACCGAGAACGGGACGCCCACGCCCUCCGCCCACCAGACUUCCAACGGAUACUUUCCAUCAUCACCACCAGCUCAGCGGCGUGAUUCGGCACCUAGCAGCCCUUCUUCACCGCAUCGUUACUCGUCGCCGCCCUUGUACAACCCUGCAGCACCCAUCUCAGCCUCCACCAGUGCCCUCGCACCGCCACCCGGUCCCGGUAUUAAACAUCGCCAUACCCUCGAAGUCCCUAGACCUUCGGGUCCUCGUGGAUCCAAGGACGGCUCCGAUGCUACGUAUGCAACCGGUCGCUUCUCACCAACUGGCGUUGCUGGCGUACGUAGGGCGUCGCUGAAUCUUGCUAGAAGGAACACACGAUCUCUCCACUCGGAAAUGCCUCGCGACGAAGUUGUGCCAGAUGACGACGCAUUGCGAUGGGCCGAAGUCUACAGGGAGAAACGGGCCAGCAAGAGGAGGAAGAGAGAUGCCGAAGACGACGACCGGGUUGUGGUUGGCACCAAGGUCGACGAGACACAUGCCAACUGGGUCACAGCCUACAACAUGCUGACCGGCAUUCGCGUCUCGGUAUCGCGAACGAAUGCCAAGCUUGACCGCCCGCUGACGGACGCUGACUUCGAGGCCAAGCAAAAAUCCACCUUUGACAUUGCCGGAAACGAGCUGGUUCCAUCCGCCAAGUAUGACUUCAAGUUCAAGGACUAUGCGCCUUGGGUUUUCCGACAUCUCCGCGCACGCUUCGGCCUGGAUCCAGCAGACUAUCUCAUGUCACUGACAGGCAAGUAUAUACUUUCCGAGCUAGGUUCUCCUGGCAAGAGCGGCAGUUUCUUUUACUUUUCUCGCGAUUACAAGUACAUCAUCAAGACCAUUCACCAUGCCGAGCAUAAGUUUCUUCGCAAAAUCCUCAAGGAUUACUUCAAGCAUGUUACCGAAAACCCCAACACCCUUCUCUCGCAAUUUUACGGCCUACACCGGGUCAAGAUGCCCUAUGGCAAAAAGAUUCACUUUGUCGUCAUGAACAAUCUCUUCCCUCCGCACCGUGACAUCCACCAGACCUUCGACUUGAAGGGUUCAACAAUUGGUCGCGACUACAGGGAGGAAGAUCUCGACAAGAACCCAAGGGCAACACUAAAGGACCUAAACUGGCUUCGACGACACCGACAUCUCGAACUUGGACUUCAGAAGAAGAAGAUGUUUUUGGAGCAGCUCCAGAAGGAUGUUCGGUUACUUCAGAAGCUACAGAUAAUGGAUUAUUCUCUGCUUGUCGGCAUCCAUGAUCUUCAGAGAGGAAACGAGGAAAAUCUGCGGGACAAGACCCUACGUGUGUUCAACCCUGGCGGUGAGCAUUCACGCGAGGACCCUUCCUCCGUCUUGCUGCGGACUCCAUCUAAGUUGGAGAAUGCGCGGAAGGCUAGGGAAUUGAGGCAGAUGGUCAAAUCCGAGAGGCCAGUUCCUAUGGGAGAGACGAGCAGCCGGAUGCCCGACGAACUUGAGCACAAUCAGAGCCGCGUGGGCUUUGUUUUCAACCAGGAUGACGGAGGGUUCCGCGCAACCCAUGAGGACAACACCCCGGCGGAUGAGAUCUAUUACCUCGGAGUGAUUGACUGCUUGACACAUUACGGCAUCAUCAAGAAACUGGAAAACUUCUGGAAGGGCUUGUCGGGCGAUCGUACUCAGAUUUCUGCCCUCCCCCCUCACGAAUAUGGCGAGCGGUUCAUCAACUUCAUUGAGGGUAUCACCAUGUCAUGCGAGGAGGCGAUUCGCGAAGCCCAGGAGAGAGACGCACAGAUGCAAGCAGAAGCAGCCUUGGCCGAUCAGGAGCAGCAGCGGGCUGGCGCACGCAACGGUCGCUCUUCAACGACAGUACCACCCCUACCCUCUGGUGUUCAGUCACCAGAAGCCGAGGCAACGAUGCAGAGGGCGGAGCGCGAGGCGUACAAGACUGGCGUAUCAGAGGAGGACGUACCGACCAAGACGCUCCGGACGACGCUCUCCCCUGGCAGCAUCGAGCGCAGGGACAACAUAGCUAGCCAAACCAGCAUCUUACCGGUGGUUGAAGAGGCUGCAGAGGGUCGGUCAUCCACCGAGCAACAGGUCCACAAUAGCCGAGUUAGCAACUUGGCUGGUGAAAGCGAGUACCGCCCUCUUACUCCUGCCAAGGACGGUGAGGAAAGACAGGCCGGGUUUGGUAACCCGCUCCUGAGGGGUCAUGCUCGCGACUACCGAGACCCUGGGCCACCACCACCAACACCGCCCAAGACAGGGUAUGGAUACGGAUCACCUCAGUCCCUGAAGGACGGCGCUGAUAGCGGGUAUAGCAUUGGCCUCAUGAACGGUAAUAGCAAUGGCAAGUCCGUCGACCUGAAGAGCUCCAGUGGCUCGCUCAGAUCCAACAAGGGCGGUCACCAAAUUCUUGGUCGGGAAAGCCUGGAUAAGGCCCUGCCCCCGCUCCCCUUCGGCGAUGCACAGACUCGGCCCCAAGGCGUGUCAUAG